AUGACUGUAGAAGGAGAACAAGAGAUCGCCAUCAUUGGCUCCGGAUGCCGGUUCCCCGGAAACGCCACCUCCCCGUCUAAGCUCUGGGACCUCUUGCGUGAACCAAGGCUUGUGGCAAGCCAGGUACCGGCUCUGAAGGGAUUCUACCAUGAAAACGGACAAUAUCACGGACACGCCAACGUCAAGGAGGCGUACCUACUGACGGAAGAUGGAGAACAACAACAAGACCAAGAUCAUCACCGGCGUUUCGACGCCGCUUUCUUCGGGAUCAACCCGGCGGAAGCCAACGUGCUGGACCCGCAGAUCCGGCUCCUCCUGGAGACCGUGUACGAGGCUCUCGAGGCCGGGGGGCAGACGGUGUCGGGCCUGCGGGGGUCGGACACGGCGGUGUACGCGGGGCAGAUGGUCAACGACUACGAGCUGGUCAUGUACCGGGACCACGAGAACCUGGGCAAGUACCACGCGACGGGGACGUCGCGGACGAUGCUGUCGAACCGCGUGUCGUACUUCUUCGACUGGCGCGGGCCCUCCGUCACCCUCGACACCGCCUGCAGCUCCAGCCUCGUCGCGCUGCACCUCGCCGUCCAGCAGCUGCGCCUGGGCCUGUCGCGCGUCGCCGUCGUCGCCGGCUCCAACCUCAUCUUCGACGCCGGCACCUUCAUCGCCGAGACGAACCUCCAAAUGCUCUCGCCCGAGGGCCGCUCGCGCAUGUGGGACGCCGGCGCGAACGGCUACGCGCGCGGCGAAGGCGUCGCGGCGGUCGUGCUGAAGACGCGCAGGGCCGCCGAGGCCGAUGGAGACCACAUCGAGUGCAUUAUCCGCGAGACGGCGGUGGGCCAGGACGGGAAAACGCCCGGACAGACCAUGCCAAGCGCAUCCGCGCAAGCACAGCUUAUCCGGGACUGCUACCAGCGUGCCGGGCUGGAUUUAGCAAACCCCAUGCACCGGCCGCAGUAUUUCGAGGCCCACGGGACAGGCACGCCGGCUGGAGAUCCAAUUGAGGCCGAAGCCAUCAGUUCCACAUUCUUCCCGAGCGACGGAGAAAACGGCCCGCUAAACCCCCUUUUCGUGGGUAGCAUCAAGACCGUCGUCGGCCACACCGAAGGCACGGCGGGUAUUGCGGGCGUGUUGAAAGCGUCGCUCGCCAUCCAGAACGCCAUGAUCCCGCCGAAUCUUCUGUUCAACCGUCUGAAUCCGGACAUCGAGCCUUUCUAUGGUGACUUGCGCAUCCCAACGACGCUGAUGCCGUGGCCCGCCGUGGCAGAAGGGAGUCCACGCCGAGUGAGCGUAAACAGCUUCGGUUUCGGCGGAACAAACGCUCAUGCCAUUCUCGAGAGCUAUGAGCCGCCGGCCCGGCUCUCGCAGCAGCAUACGUCGCCUAUAUUCAUGCCGUUUGUCUUCUCCGCGGCUUCGGAAGCAUCGCUGAAAUCCUAUUUGGGAGAGUUUUGUCGCUACUUGCGUGAACAUGAGACUGCCUGUGAUAUGAGGGACAUUGCCUUCACGCUAGCUACUCGGCGGACUCGUCUUCUCGUAGCCACUAGCAUCGGGGCACCUACCUGUCGCGAGCUGUGCGAAAAGCUCGAGGAGAAGCUCAAGGCCGCAGGAAGCAGUUCCGAGCAGCGCGUCGGCGUUCGCAUGCCGCGCCAGAUCGGAGAUGCCGACACGCCUCGGGUGCUUGGGGUGUUCACGGGACAAGGCGCCCAGUGGGCUCGGAUGGGCUCGGAGUUAAUCACCGCGUCUGCCGCCUCGCAGCGGAUCAUACAAACCCUCCAAAGACGACUUGAUCAACUCCCCGCCGCCGAUCGCCCCAAAUGGUCGUUGGUCAAAGAGCUGCAAAAAGACGCCGCCUCUUCGCGCAUAGCCGACGCCGCUCUUUCCCAGCCUCUCUGCACGGCGGUGCAAAUCCUGCAAGUGGAGCUCUUGCGCGCUGCGGGUAUCAAAUUUACCGCCGUUGUCGGCCACUCGUCCGGCGAGAUCGCAGCCGCCUACGCGGCGGGCUUGAUAUCGGCCGGGGACGCUAUCUGCAUCGCGUAUUACCGCGGCCUGUACUCGGGGCUCGCGCGGGGUAGCGGUGGGCAAAAGGGUGCUAUGAUGGCCGUGAGGACGUCCGCCGACGAUGCCCACGACCUGCUUAGCUUUCCGGAGUUCGAAGGUCGCGCCUGCGUGGCCGCCGUUAAUUCGGCGACAAGCGUCACGCUUUCGGGGGAUCAGGAUGCUAUUAAAGAGUUGGAAAUCAUCUUUAGAGACGAGAAGAAGCCCACUAGAAUUUUGCGGGUGGACACGGCAUAUCAUUCCCACCAUAUGGAGGCAUGUUCUGCUAAAUAUCUGGACGCUAUCACGGCACUUGAUGUAGAAGUCGGCCCAGGUGGUCGAUCUGUUUGGUUCUCAAGCGUUUACGGGACGGAGAUAGACACAAACGACUUGUUGAAGGGCCCUUAUUGGGAUAGAAAUAUGGUCAGACCGGUCUUAUUUAUGCAAGCUAUCGAUAGCGCUUGCGCCUUUAUGGGAUCUGUUGAUCUUACUAUUGAAUUGGGCCCCCAUCCAGCGCUCAAGAGCCCUGCCCUGCAGACCAUACAGGGGAAGACAUCAUUGAAGGUUCCUUAUACCGGUUUGUUCCACCGCGGUAUUUCGGCCAUUACGUCGUUCGCUGACGGUCUCGGCUACGCCUGGCUACAUAUGGGAAAGGGGGCCAUCGCCCUAGAAAAUUAUGAUCAAUUUCUGUCCGGUAACUCGAACCCCAGACUGGUUAAGGGGCUCCCGAAGUACGCUUGGGACCACAGCAACGAGUACUGGCACGAAUCAAGAUAUGCCAGAGCGGUACGUAUGCGUCCAGACCCAGUUCACGAAUUACUCGGUCACUUGACCCCGGAUAGCACCGCGCAGGAUAUGCGAUGGCGCCAUACAUUGCGCCUUUCCGAGAUCCAGUGGCUUCUGGGCCAUCGACUGCAGAAUGUGGUUAUCUUUCCAGCGACAGGCUACGUCGUAGGCGUACUGGAAGCUGCCCUGAAACUCUGUGAGCAUAAUUCCGCCAGACUGGUUGAGAUUCACGAUAUGAAUAUCAUUUCGGCCCUGAUAUUUGAUCCGGACGACGUGAGUAUAGAGAUGAUCCUCUCCGUAACGGAUAUCUCCAAGCCCGAUGAAGAAACAAUCGAAGCGAAUUUUAAGUAUCAUGCGACAUCUGGAAAGGGCACCGAGCCUCUCGAAUUAAAGGCCAGAGGACGUAUACGAAUCCGCUUGGGCCGACCUCACCACACCAUUCUCCCUUCUCGGCUUCCACAGCGACCGAAUCUCUUGCCGGUCUCAGAGGCAAGAUUCUACGAGUCGCUAUCGGAGCUCGAGUACCAGUAUAGCGGCCAAUUCCUAGCAUUAAAAGGAAUGAAAAGAGCGCUCGGUGCCGCAUCAGGAUCCGUCGCUAUCUUCGAGUCGUCAAGUUCCCUGAUCCAUCCUGCAGCGUUGGAUGCCGCCUUUCAAUCUAUUUUCCUGGCGUACGCGUCGCCCGAUGACGGGGCGCAAAAGUCAAUGCAUCUCCCCACGAGUAUUGCACGCAUCGCCUUCAACCCAGAUCUGUGUGCGCAUACGAGAGAUAAGCAGAUUUCAUGGGCCAUUGACACCGUCAGUCCCGAAGCAUUUCCCCAUGCCAACAUGGUAGCCGAUAUCGACAUCUACCCGGACGGUCUUGAUCAUGCAAUGGUCCAGGUCCAAGGAUUGGAAUGUAGACCAUUCUCCCAGCACACUGCGAGUAGUGAUAAGGAGGUCUUUUCAAAUAUUGUAUGGGGUGUCUUAGACCCAGACGCAUAUAUCGUAGGCUGCGAUGGCUCUUCGACGCCGGGCCAGUCCAUGCUAGUAGCGGCCCUUGAAAGAGCUGCAAGUUACUACUUGCGCGUUUUAGAUCGAGAGAUACCAAUCCACCACCAAUCCAGGAUCGAAGAGCCGUACAAUAGCCUGUUUAAGUUUAUAUCGCUUAUCGAGUUCCUAUGGCACGCUGGGGAAUCGCAAUUUUGGCAAUCAGAAUGGGAACGGGACACUCCGGAAACUAUUGCUGCAGCAUGUGAGCCGUUUGCGGACACGAUCGAUGUGAAAAUCAUAUCAGACUUUGGGAAGAAUCUGGUUGACAUUGUCAAGGGUGAUGAAUCAGCUGUAGACUUUGCCAUGCGAGCCAACCUCGUGAAGGAGUGGUACACCAAGGGGUUCGGGAUAAAGACUUCUACAGCACAUCUGACUCAGAUAUUGAAGCAGAUGAUACAUCGAUAUCCCCGAAUGCAUAUCCUCGAGGUUGGUGGAGAAAUAGGCACGGCAACAGAGACGAUCUUACAAGAAAUCGGCUCGAAAUUUGCCUCUUAUACCGUGACGACGACUACUUCUGACUCCUUUAAUUCAGUAAAGAAUGAGCUCCAAUGGCUUAAGGAUAAGAUAAAAUUUAAGCCGUUCGACGCCUCGAAGGACGUACAAGAGCAAGAUCUCCCCAAAGCGUCAUAUGAUGUAGUCAUAGCAUCUCUAGCCCUACAUACGACACCAGACCUCGAUCGAACGCUGCGUAACUUACGGCGUCUACUGAAACCUGGCGGCCACCUCCUUGUACUUGAAGUUCUACCGCGCCUCAGAUCCUAUUUGGGGAUUAUCUUUAGGGGAUUUCCAAAUCGGUGGGCCGAUUUUAAGGAGAGAAAGACCAUAUCACCCAUAGUCACCCCUAUGAAGUGGGACGAAUUACUGCGUAAUAACGGCUUUUCGGGAAUCGACUCGAGAACUGAGGGAGAUAAUCGCGUGGCACCCUUCUAUGUAUUCAUCUCACAAGCUGUGGAUGAGAAGAUUGCGUUUCUUCGGGAGCCCCUUUCGCUCCCUUUCCCCUCGUCGACUCCAAAAACAAAGAUGAUCCGGGAUAUGAUAGUACUGAGCGAAGAGAGCCAGAAAAGGGCUCCAAUUGCCUGCCAACUCUCAGAUAUCCUCCGACCAUACUGUAGCAGUAUUAGAAACGUUCACUCGUUGAUGGAUCUUGCUGACGCUGACAUUUCGUCCGACACAGUCGUCCUAAGUUUGAGAGACUUAGAUACUUCAGUCUUCAAACGGCUUGAUAGUGCAAAAUGGGAAGCUCUGAAGAAAGCGAUUCUACUGCCGAGAGCCCUCAUCUGGGUCACUCGGGGUCGGCUUGCCGAUAAGCCAUAUGCAAAUAUGAUGUUGGGUCUCAUCCGCGGCGCGGCGCGUGAUAACCCAACCCUCGACUAUCUGCUCCUAGAUACCGAAGAUGCUCGCAAGAUGGACCAUCGUGUUAUUGCAGAGACGGUUCUGCGACACAUAGCUACAUCUCAGUGGCGGCAGCACGAUAACAUGAAGCUCACCGUCGAGAAUGAACUUGUACUAGAUAAAACAGGUCGAUUCUUGAUACCUCGUCUCGUGAUGAACGAGGAGAUGAAUGACCGCUAUAACUCAAAUCACCGAGAUAUCCGCCGUCAAGUCAAGCUCGAUCAUCAUAGAAUUUGCAUAUAUGCAUCCGAUUCAAAAUGGGACGUCAAGUUGAAACCGCCGGCGCAUCAUCAAGACCACGGGAGCAUACAGUUGCGGACUACCCACUCCCUCCUCUCGCCCAUUCGGGUCGCUGAAUUCGGCUGUAUGUUCAUGGUAUUUGGGGAAAACACCGCCUCUGGCAAUAAAAUGAUUGCUCUGUCGACUGAGAAUACCUCUCUUGUCUAUCCUAAAGAAGAGUUCUCCAUCCCCGUUACUGCAUCAUCGGGUUCCGAAACCCAGCUUUUGUGGCUGACAGCCCAUUACUUGCUUGCGUCUGUUGUCUUGAGAGGAUUGUCGAAGGGUGAUAAAGUACUAGUCAAUAACCCUAGAUAUGAAUUCGCCUCUAUAAUAGCUGAGCAAGCGGCACACCUUGGCGUACAGGUUACAUUUGUAGUGACAAAUACUAAUGCUUUGGUACAAGAUUCUAGCUGGCUAAGGAUUCACCCGGCUACUCCGAAGCGGGAUAUAGCACGGCUUAUAUCCCCUGACUUUUCUGUCUUCGUUGAUAUGACGCAUCUUAAGAACGUUGAACCGGUCGUUGAGCGCAUCGCGUCUACGUUCACAGCCUAUUGCAGGCGGGAAUAUCUCGAGUCUCUGUUUGGUAAGACGGCUUGGGAUGCUACGGCGUCACACACGGAAGAUAUUCGCAGCAGGUUUACGAAAGCCGUUGCGUGGGCUUCUAUUGCAUUAGAAAACCCCACGAAGUUCGCAUUGACAUAUGCUCCCUCCAUUCCCAUUAAUACCUUCCCCCAGGAUCAGAACAGACUAGCACUGCCUAUUAUUGUUGAAUGGAAUACGAUAUCUGAAGUUUCUGUCGAAGUCCAGCCUGUCGAUUCUCUGGUAUCCCUUCCAGGAAACAAAACUUAUUGGCUUGUUGGACUCACUGGCGGACUCGGUCUAUCGUUGUGUGAAUGGAUGGUACAGCGUGGAGCGCGAUACUUUGUCAUCAGCAGUCGCAAGCCCAAUGUUGAGAUGACUUGGCUGGACAAGAUGCGCGCGAAGGGAGUAACCAUCAAGAUCUCCGCAUGUGACGUAACCGAGCGACGUGAAGUUGUAGCGCUCUAUGCCGAAAUUUGUUCAGUCAUGCCGGAAGUUGCUGGCGUUGCGCAAGGUGCCAUGGUCCUCCAGGACGUUGCCAUCCAGGACAUGACAUUGGAGCAAUUAUCUGCAGUCGCAAUGCCUAAAGUUAAAGGAAGUAUCCAUUUGAAUGAGAUCUUCCAUGAAAAUACGUUGGACUUUUUCGUAUUUUUUUCAUCAACAGGAUCUGUGAUCGGAAAUCAUGGCCAGGCAAACUAUGCGGCAGCCAAUACUUUCAUGGCUAGUCUUGCGGAACGACGUAGAAGGCUUGGCCUGGCUGCGUCUAUCAUACACAUUGGCCCUAUCUUCGGGGUAGGCUAUAUUGCCAGGGCGGCAGAAGGCUCACUUAUGGGCAACGUGACUUUACAAACAGGAGGGUUCGUCCGCACUUCUGAACGAGACUUGCAUCAACUCUUCGCAGAAGCUAUAGUCGCAGGACGCCCCGGCUCCACUGCCCAAGUAGAACUUGUUUCGGGUGUACGAAGAAUCAGCCAGCAGGAAGAACAUCAGCCUGUAUGGGAAUCAUGGUCACGGAUGAGCCACUUCGUCGAAGGCCACGGAGAAUCAGAGGAUCCCAUCACCGCCGGUAAUCGAGCCAAUCUACCAAUCAAGGCGUUGCUUGAAAAGGCGUGCAGCCGCGAACAGGUUUAUACCAUCAUAUGGGACGCUUUUACCCAUAAGCUUGGUUCCUAUUUCCAGCUUGACACCAACCAGUUGAGCAAUGCUGAGCUUAACCUUAUGCGCUUCGACCAUAUGGGAAUCGACUCUCUCACGGCGAUAGAAAUUCGUGGCUGGUUUAUGAAGACUCUCGACGUUAAUAUCCCUGUCCUCAAAAUUAUGAACGGCGGCACUAUCGGUGAAUUGGUCACUACCGCAACAGAAACUAUCCCUUCACGACUGGUUUCGAGGUUAGAUGGAUAUUCUGCAAAAGAUGUCUCUGCACCCUCCAACAAAAAGGAGAUCACCCGGAAUUUGAACGGAGAUACCGGUAAAUUCGUUGCUUUUCCACAGGCGAAAAAGGUCUUAAAUCUUGAGUCGAUCCAAGAUUCUCCUCCAACUACAAGCUCAGGUUCGAUUAUCUUAAAAUCGGUUCCCGUGUCUUUUACACAGGCGAGGUUUUAUCCUUCGGGGAUCUUCCUGGAAGAUAGGGUUGGCCUUAACCACACUGCCUGGGCACGUAUCACAGGAAAGAUAAAUCCAGAAAGACUGGCGGGAGCCGUGCGGGCACUGGGCCAGCAGCACGAGAUUUUAAGGACGGCGUUUUUUGAUCAAGAUGAAAAGCAAAUGCAGCACGUCUUAGAUGCUCCUCUCCUACAUCUAGAACACCAGGAGAUCGAGAGUGAAGAGGAGGUGGAGAGGAUAGCCAUGGCGAUCCAAAAAGGAUACGUGUAUGAUGUGGCACGGGGCGAAACUUCGCGACUAAUCCUACUCACUCGCUCUGGAAUAGAUAAUUAUCUUGUGGCAGGUUUCCACCCUCUUGUCAUCGAUGCAACUUCGCUCCAAACUUUUCUGAAGUGGCUUGCAUUUCACUACACCUAUCCCAAUACGAAUCAGCAGGUAAAGCAGUUUGCAGAGGCCUCAGAGCAGCGGUACGCGGCUUACGCAGCUGGGAAGUUCGAACCUGAGCUGCAAUACUGGCGAAAAGAGUUCGCGACAACUCCGCCUCCAUUGCCCCUCUUAACGUUGACAAAAGUAGAUGAGCGCCCCGUUCUGAAAGCUUAUGAGAACAUCCGAGCCGGCUGUAGAAUCAGCGUAGACAUCAAGCAACAGAUUUUUAAAAUAUGUCGUCGUAUCCAGGUCACGCCAUUUCAAUUCUACCUGGCUGCAUUGAGAGCUCUGCUGCUUCGGUAUACAAUCGAUGGUGAGGACGUCAUUAUGGGUGUUGCUGAGUCUGGAAGGACCUACGAUGUCGAAGACAUGGAUGUCAUUGGUCCAUUGUAUAACCUUGUACUUGUGCGUAUUUCAAGUCACGCCACCGCUAGAUUUGAGGAACUGUUAGAAAUUACGCGUGAGAAGACUUUAGCGGCUAUGGAACACUCAAAGGUCCCUUAUCCGAUGGUUGUGAAGGAGCUUGGUCUCCAGCGCGAGGCGAAAUAUUACCCCUUUUUCCAGGUAUUUGCUGAUUACCGCAUGGGCCAGCGCGAUACAACACCCUGGGGCGAUAACAACGAACUCCAAAUGAUGGGGUUCGAUCUGAACGUACCCUACGACGUUUACCUCGACACCAUCGACGAGCCAGACGGUGAAUGUGCUCAUUAUUUUUUCUUGCGUAAGGACCUCUUUGGUGAGGCUGAGGCCGAGAAGUUAGCUAGGAGCUAUGAGCGCUUAAUAUGCGCUUUUGCAGCACAGCCGAGGAUGGCUGUAAGUGAGGUGGACUUGGCUGAAGAUUGA